AUGGAAUACGUCAAUUUCCCUGAAAUCCAGAAACCUGCUGUCCAAGCUAAAACAGAUAGGUCUAUCAAAACACUCGUCGUCGUAGCUGACGCACUGUCCAGAGUGUCUCCUCAGCCAACACCUAAAGAAGGAGAAGACGAGGAAGAUUUUACCCCAGUUCACAUGCUCACAGAGGAAAUCCCCGCCGAUUCUACGAGAGUUGGAGAUUUCAGACGCGCAACUGCAGAAGACACUAUUUCCAGCUUACUGAUGCAAGUGGUAGCAAAUGGAUGGCCUGAAUUAAAGAAAGAUUGCCACCCACUUCUUGUAGACUACUGGAGCUACAGAGAAGAGAUCAGCGCAGAGAAUGGUCUACUCUUCAAAGGCCAUCGACUCAUAGUUCCUGAGAAAUUGCGUAGCAGAGUCCUCCAAACUAUCCACGAGGGUCAUUUUGGUUUUGAGAAGAUGCAACUAAGAGCUCGAGAAGCAGUAUUCUGGCCAGGAAUAACGUCAGAUUUACUACAGGCAGCACAGGGUUGUGAAGUGCGCCAGACGUUCUCGAGGAGCCAACAACGCGAGACACUGUUGCCCCAUGAAGUUCCUCAAGGACCUUGGGAGAAGUUAGAAAUUGAUUUCUUCGAGUUUCAGUCUAUUACCUACCUCCUGAUAGCAGACUACUAG